AUGUCUGAAGGAAAUAACAACGCUUCCACGGGCCAGUCUUACCUUGACCAGGCCACCGGUCUUGCUCAGCGUGCCAUGGGCACUGUGACAGGCGACUCUUCCACCCAGAUGAAGGGUGAAGCCAAGCAAGAAGAAGGCCAAGCCAAGAAAGAAGCCUCCCACACAACCGCCAAGUUGGGUCCCUUCUCUGCCGACCCAAACACCGGCGCCGUUGCCAGAGACGAUCCUAAGCGCGACACCGGAUCGUGGGAUCAAACCGUCGGGUCAGCUAAGGAGUCCAUUGGCAAUCUAAUUGGCAAUGAGUCCCUUCGCCGCACCGGAGCCGAACAAAAUGCUGCGGGCAAGGAACAGGAAGCCAAGGGCCAGCUCAAGGACUGGGGUGAGGGCAUUCAGAACCGCGCCCACGGUGCUCUUGGAUCUGUUGGUGCCGCGGUCACUGGUGACCGCGUUGAGGAAGAGAAGUACCGUGAUAUGCACGACGAGGGAAAGGUCCGUCAGCGCGGUGCUGAGGCCGAUAUGGCCAAGAAGGGCGGUGUCUGA